CCUAUCAAAGAAAGAAGAAGACUCAAAUAAAUAAUUACCUUACUCUAACUGCAGAAGUAAGCCAACUUUAUAAACAAGUUUUUAAAGAAAAAUGUUAUUUUUUGCUAUUAUAAUAAUUUGUUUUUUGCUAACGGUAGCAUCGGACAUUGUAAAGCUGCUACGGAUCUCAGCGCUGUUUACAAACCGUCAAUCUGAAAACACCGAACACCUGCAAGAGGAAUUAAAAAAGGCAAAGGCCGAACUGGACAAGGUAUUAAAUGCCACUGGACAAGAUCGUUAUGUAGCCGAAAUAAAGAGAAUGCGUGCAGAGGAUAAAGUGAAUGAGGCACUUCGAAAAAUCAAAGCCGAGCAACGAAAGGGUCAAUUGAAAACUGUGUCUUUCGAAAUAAUGCUGGGUUAUGGUUUCAAGGCUAUUCUUUAUAUUUCACUGGCAGUGAUAUCCUUCAGGAAUCGUUAUAAUCCCGUUUUGACAUUCAGUGAAGACAUAAGCCUGCAACCACUACAGGGUCUGCUAAGUUUUCCCACAGGCAUACCCAACGCUAUUUCGGUACCCAUUUGGGUUCUAUCAUGCAAUGUUACCUUCAGGUUAAUGUCGGGUCUGGUAAAACAGUAUUUACCAAGGAAGUAGAUAACUACUCCAAUAUUUGGAUGGACAAAACAUGAAAUGUUGAAUAUAAAUUUAAAUAGCUUUUAACAAAUAUAACUGUAUUUAUUUUCUUA